AUGCUCAAUCCGCCCGUCGUGAUUGCAGGCGCUGGCAUCGCUGGCCUCGCAGCGGCCCUCGCGCUGCACCGUGUGGGCCUGCAGCCGCUGGUGCUGGAGCGCGCCCCCGAGAUGCGCGAGCAGGGCAGCGCGAUCGCGCUAUGGGCCAACGCGUGGCGCGCUCUCGACGCGCUAGGCGUCGGCGCGGAGCUGCGCGCGGUGAACCCGCUGCUGCUCGACCGCUUCGAGCUCGCCCGCAGCGACGGCCGCCUGCUGCGGGGCUUUGACCUGUCACAGUGCGACGCGGCGGCCGGCGGCGGCGAGGCGGCCGAGUUCAGGGGCGUGCGGCGCGGCGCGCUGCUGGAGGCGCUGCUGGCGGCACUGCCGAGCGGCUGCGUGCGAUUCGGGUGCGGUGUGGAGGCGGUCGAGGGGGACGCUCAGCGCGGCCCAGGUGCAAACCCUGUGGUGCGGCUGACAGACGGAAGCUUCCAGGAGUGUUGCGUGCUGAUAGGGGCGGACGGCGUCGGGAGCGCCGUGGCGCGCCACGUGGGGCUGGCGGCGCCGACCUACGCAGGCUAUGCAGCGUACCGGGGCGUGGCGUUGAUUCCGCCGGGCAAGCGCCUGCCGCUGCCGGCCAGCACCGUGCGCCAGCUGUGGGGCGCGGGUGUGCGGGCGGGGAUGUACCCGCUGUCUGAGAGCGAGGUCUACUGGUUCACCUGCUUCAACGCCCCCGAGGACGCCCCGGUGCCUGCGACGCCCGAGGCCCAGCUGCAGGACGCGCUGUCCAUCGUCCAGGGCUGGCGGGGCGGUAUUGAGGAGGUCAUCCGCAGGACGCCGCCAGAGACGCUGUCACGCAGCCGCAUCCGAGACAGGUGGACCCUUGGCGCCUUCGGUCGCGGCCGGGUCACGCUGGCUGGGGACGCCGCGCACCCCAUGACGCCCAACCUGGGCCAGGGCGGCUGCGCGGCCCUGGAGGAUGCGGUGGUGCUGGCGCGCGAGCUGCGGCAGGCAGCAGACGCGGCCGGCGGCGGCAGCGGCAGCAGCGGCGGCAGCAGCAGCAGCAGCAGCAGCAGCAGCAAGGCGGACGCUUGGGAGGCGGCGCUGCGGCGGUACGAGGCUGAGCGCUGGCGGCGCUGCCUGCCGCUGACGGUGCGGUCGUGGGCGUUCGGUUUUGCGCUGCAGCUGCCAUAUCCUCCGGUGACGGCAGUGAGGGACGUAUUUGUGGAGAAGGCGUUCAGCCCCGCCCACUUUUUGGACCACACAGCGUAUGAUGUGGGCGUGCUGGUGUAA